AUGGAAAAGGAAUUUUUGGCCAUUGUUCAUUCUCUUGAGAAAUUCCGUUGUUAUUUGUUGGGUUCCAAGACUAUUGUCUUCACGGAUCAUGCGGCUCUCAAGGAUAAGAAGGGUGCAGAAAAUGUUGUGGCGGACCAUCUUUCUCGCCUUGAGGGUGAUCAAAUUCAUGAUUAUGGUUCACCAAUUGAAGAUAGAAUGCUUGAUGAUUUCUUGUAUGCUAUUGAGGUAAAGGAGCUCCCUUGGUUUGCUGAUUUGGUGAAGUUUCUAGCAUGUGGGGCGUUUCCACCUUCUUUCUCCAAGAACCAACGAAAGAAACUCAAGAGGAAGGCAAUACAUUACUUGUGGGAUGAUCCCAUCUUGUAUAAACAAGGGGCUAAUGGCUUUCUUAGGCAUUGUAUUCCAAAUGAAGAGGUGCCUAGUGUUCUAAAGAUGUGUCAUUCGGAUCCUAGUGGUGGUCAUAUGGGUGUUUCAAAAACCGCUACUAAGGUUCUUCAAAGUGGUUUAUGGUGGCCACAUAUCUUAAAGGAUUCUUGGGGCUUUGUCAAGUCAUGUGAUCGAUGUCAAAGAGUUGGGAAUAUCUCCAAGCGGAAUGAGAUGCCUCAACAACCUAUUCUUGAGUUGGAGGUGUUCAAUAAAACAUGGGGUUCAUCACAAUGGUUUGGCCUUCCAUAUCAUCCUCAAACAAGUGGCCAAGUCGAGGUCUCAAAUUGUCAAAUCAAGCUUAUUCUUGAGAAGUUGGUUGCAAGAAAUAGAAAGGUUUGGUCGGACAAGUUGGAUGAUGUUCUUUGGGCCUAUAGAACAGCUUUUAAGACACCUAUAGGCACCACUCCUUAUCGCCUUGUCUAUGGCAAAUCAUGCCAUCUCCCGGUAGAGCUUGAGCACCGUGCUUUGUGGGAAAUCGAGAAGAUAAAUUUUGAUUUGGCAAGUGCGGGGGAGAAAAGGUGGUUGGAUCUUCAUGAGCUAGAGGAGCUUAGACUUGAUGCUUACGAUUGUGCUAGCACUUAUAAAACUCGUUCCAAGGAAUCUCACGACAAUCUUAUUGAGGAGAAAGUGUUUUGUGUUGGGGACAAAGUCCUCCUCUACAAUUCAAGAAUGAAGUUAUUUCCCGGAAAGCUCAUGUCUAGAUGGAGUGGCCCUUUCUUGGUGAAAGAUGUUUUUGAUAAUGGUGUCGUGGAGAUUUCUCCUUUGGAUUCCUCGUCUACUUUUAAGGUUAUUGGUCAUCGGCUCAAGGAAUAUUUUGAUGGAGUGUUCAUUGGUCUUGUUCACAAAAUGAUUCUCUUUAAGCCACCCUGA